AUGAAACCAGGAGGCUUUUGGCUGCGUCUCACGCUGCUCGGGGCCUGUCUGCCGGCGGCACUGGGAUGGACGGAGCCGGGAGCCAGCGGAGGCCGGAACGCGGGUGUGGGCGAAUCGCAGUCACAGGAAUCCAGAAGCUUUGAAGUCACGAGAAGAGAAGGGCUUUCCGGCCACGGCGGGCUGCCGGCCUCCUGCGGGAAGAAGUUCUGCGGCCGAGGGAGCCGGUGUGUGCUCGUCAGCGAGACGGGGCGGCCGGCGUGCCGGUGCCUGGAGGCCUGCAGGCCCAGCUACGUGCCCGUGUGCGGCUCCGACGGCAGGUUUUACGAAAACCACUGCGAGCUCCACCGCGCCGCCUGCCUGCUGGGGAAGAAAAUCGUCGCCGUCCACGGCAAGGACUGUUUCCUCAAAGGUGACCCAUGCACCAUGGCCGGCUACGCCCGCCUGAAGAACGUCCUCCUGGUGCUGCAGACCCGCCGGCAGCCCCUCCAAGAAAGGGACAGCAGACAAGACGCCCCCUCCCAGAAGCGCCUGCUGGUGGAAUCCCUGUUUAAGGACUUGGAUGCCGACGGCAACGGCCGCCUCAGCGGCUCGGAGCUGGCGCAGCUCGCGCUGCAGGAGCAGGACCUGGACCAGGACUCGCACGGCUGCUCUCCCGCCGACCUCCUCCGAUUCGACGACUACGACGGCGACAGCUCCCUGACCCUGCGUGAGCUCUACACGGCCUUCCAGGUGGUCCAGCUGAGCCUCGCCCCCGAGGACAGGGUCAGCGUGACCACAGUGACCGUGGGGCUGAGCACAGUGCUGACCUGCGCCGUCCGCGGAGACCUGAGGCCGCCGAUCGUCUGGAAGCGCAACGGGCUCACCCUCAACUUCCUGGACUUGGAAGACAUCAAUGACUUCGGGGAGGAUGACUCCCUGUACAUCACCAAGGUGACCACCGUCCACGUGGGCAACUACACCUGCCACGCCUCCGGCCACGAGGAGCUGUUCCAGACCCACGUCCUGCAGGUGAAUGUGCCACCAGUCAUCCGCGUCUACCCAGAGACCCAGGCACAGGAGCCCGGGGUGGCGGCCAGCCUGAGAUGCCACGCAGAGGGCAUCCCCACGCCCAGAAUUACUUGGCUGAAAAACGGCAUGGAUGUCUCAAACCAGAUGUCUAAACAGCUCUCCCUCUUAGCCAACGGGAGCGAGCUCCACAUCGGCAGUGUCCGGUACGAAGACACAGGGGCGUACACCUGCAUUGCCAAAAACGAAGUGGGCGUGGACGAAGACAUCUCCUCGCUCUUCAUCGAAGACUCGGCUAGGAAGACCCUUGCAAACAUCCUGUGGCGAGAGGAAGGCCUCAGCGUGGGAAACAUGUUCUACGUCUUCUCCGACGACGGCAUCGUCGUCGUCCACCCCGCGGACUGUGAGAUCCAGAGGCACCUCCGACCGACGGAGAGGAUUUUCAUGAGCUCUGAAGAAAUCUGUCCUCGGCGAGGAGGGGACGCAGCCCGGCCAUGCCAGUGGGCGUCCGCGGCCAACGUCCGGAACCGGUACAUCUACGUGGCCCAGCCGGCCCUCAGCAGGGUCCUCGUGGUCGACGUGCAGGCCCAGAAAGUGCUGCAGUCCAUAGGUGUGGACCCUCUGCCGGCUAAGCUGUCCUAUGACAAGUCACAUGACCAAGUCUGGGUCCUGAGCUGGGGAGACCUGCACAAGUCCCACCCGAGCCUCCAGGUGAUCACAGAGGCCAGCUCCGGCCAGGGCCAGCACCUCAUCCGCACGCCCUUUGCAGGGGUGGACGAUUUCUUCAUUCCCCCGACAAACCUCAUCAUCAACCACGUCAGGUUCGGCUUCAUCUUCAACAGGUCUGACCCCGCGGUCCACAAGGUGGACCUGGAGACGCUGAUGCCGCUCAAGACCAUCAGCCUGCGGCGCCACGGCUGCGUGCCCCGGGCUAUGGCGCACACACACCUGGGCGGCUACUUCUUCAUCCAGUGCGGACAGGACAGCUCUGCUCCCGCCGCCCGGCAGCUGCUGGUCGACAGCGUCACGGACUCUGUGGUCGGCCCCAAUGGCGACGUAGCCGGCACCCCACACGUGUCCCCGGACGGGCGCUUUGUGGUCAGCGCUGCCGCCGACAGCAGCCAGCUGCACGUGCAGGAGGUCACCGUGCGGGGUGAGAUCCGGACCCUGUACCAGCUGGAGGUGAAGCCGGGCGUCUCGGACGUGGCGUUCCAGCGCUCCGGCACGGAGGCCGGUCGCUACGACCUCUACGCCUCGCUGGAGGCCGCGCCGGGCCUGCUGUUCCUGGAGCUGCCCACGGGCAGGAGGAGCGUGCUGGAGAACUUGAAGCAGCCGCCCGCGGGGCCGGCCCGGCCCUGGGGAGGACCCCGAAGAAUUGUGAGGGACAGUGGGCUGUUCGGACAGUACCUCCUCACCCCAGCCCGAGAGUCCCUGUUCCUCGUCCACGGGAGGCAGAACGCACUGCGGUGCGAGGUGCCGGCCAUAAAGGGGGGGGCCACGGCGGUGUGGGUGGGCGAGGUGUGAGGGCCCAGAGCGGGCCCCUGGGCCGAGGAGCCCGGUCCCGAGCAGGCGCCUGUACAUUUUCACAGACAAAAGCAAAACCCCAUAUCCGCUUUGUGGUUCAACACUGGUCUCCUUGCAAGUUUCCGGGUCUAAGGGACGCGCUGCCGGCAGGACUGGGGUUUUCGUUAGCAAGUACGAGUCUCGCCUGAGCUACAGCGAGGACCCCUGCUGCCGUGUGAAGGAGUCACUUCUGUGCCCGCUGCACGCCUCGCUUCCCGGGGACGCCGUGGGGGCCAGAGAUCCUGCUCUCCCGGCCACGCUUCUGUCUGUUGCCUUCACGUGGUCA